AUGGCCGAUAUCGAUGUCAAGAUUGCUCAAUGGAAGCUCGUUGAGGUUGGCCGCGUGGUCCUGAUCCGCAGCGGUCCCUACACCGGCAAGCUGGCCGCCAUCGUCGAGAUUGUCGACCACAAGCGUGUCCUGGUUGACGGUCCUUCCACCGAGGAGAACAAGAUCGUUCCCCGUCACGUCCUCCCUCUUUCUCAGGCCACCCUCACCCACUUCGUCAUCCCCCAGCUGCCCCGUGCCGCCGGUACUGGCCCCGUGAGAAAGCUCUGGCAGAAGAACGAGAUCGACGGCAAGUGGGCCAAGAGCAACUACGCCCAGAAGACCCAGAGCGCCGAGCGACGGAAGAACCUUAACGACUUCGAGCGCUUCAAGGUCCUCAGACUCAGGAAGCAGGCCCGCUUCGAGGUCCAGAAGGCUCACGCCAAGCUCCGGGCGGCUGCUCCUAAGUCAUAGAUGGUUUAUUAUGAGGCUCGGUGCAUAGUGUGAUGGGGUGCCUUGGGACGGUUAAACAUUGCUGAGGGUUUAUUAUGGUUUCAGCAAAAAAUAAAACGCUGUACGCUUUCAUCAUUGACAGCUUAAAAUGAUUCGAGAACCUUGAUACCUUGACGGGUUAUGCUCGUACGUCACAAAUAGACGGCACCUUUUUUCAAGCCAGUGUAUGACUCUGGG